AUGGUCGAGGACAACUCAACGAAACUUAGCCGUCCAACUACACCAGUCCGCGUGCGUCCGCCCGUCGUCCGUCUGGCCAAGGGAUCGCUGCUGUGGAGCGUCCUGUUCACCAUCAACUUAAUUACUGCGCCGCUGAAAGCCUACUUGUCCGAAUCCUUGCCAUGGGAUGUCCCUCUGGCGAUCAGCGCCAACGCCACCGAGCAAACGGCGGCCCUUCGCGCAAUCUACAACAGUCACAUGGAUUCGUCGCCCCCAACGAACUGGACGUUUGCUCGCCGAGGGCCCACCUACACGCUGCGGACGUCGCUGGCUGCGCUUCCCCUGCAUGCCAUCGCACCCGCCGACUGCAUCGACCUUGUCUUGCAGGCGUUUCCAGCGGCGGUGUUUUACGCUCCAAACAUGCGCCGCUUUGUGUGUGACAUCCUUGCGCGAAAUGCUUCCGACCGAGACUAUGCCCACAGCUCUCAAUGCUGUCAAGCACGGAUGGCGGGCAGCGUGAUCGCCGACAUCUGUCUGUGGUUUGAACUGCUUCCACCCAACGACGCUUCCCUGACGCCUGUGCCGCUGGCGUAUCUUGGGACGCACAACCGCGAAUCCUCUGCAUGGACAUGGUCCAAAUGGUGGGCGCGGUGGUUCUUGGUGGCGUUCAUGGUGCAUUUCACUUGGCGUCACUACUUCAAGCACGUCGUGGCGCUGUGGCGCAACUUAGAUGUCCAAACGAUGCUACAGGCGCAAAUGUCCCCGCGAUGUCUCCUCGCGCCCCACACGACGAUUUGCUUCCACGUCGGCGAUCCGUCGUCGAUUGUGUUUUGCCAUCCAUUCGUGGGCGCCAUGUUCGCCCUGGAUUUCGUCUGUGGCGCGGAAUACAUUGGUCUCGCCUGCGCUCGCGUGAGCCAGGUUGAAGACCUCGGACAAUUUUGCCUCGGGUGCCUCUACGGCUCGCGCGUCGUGUGGUUUGGGUACUGUGCGUUGCAAGUCGCAAUGUUCGUGAUGAAGCGGCUUCGUUUGAAUCGACGGGUCGCCCCCGUCGACUCGGGCAUCUUGGCCCUCGCAGCUGCAUGCUACGUUGGCCCUGUCUUUUAUGUGCUGAGCAAUACGUACGCGGCCAAGCUGUUCUACAUCAUGUGGUCGAUCCAGCUGCCAAAGGACCAAGACUCUGGCAUCGACGUCACUGCAGCAUGCGUCGCGACGGCGUCUGUUUUGGGCACGUUGCCGCUCACGUAUGGGUUGAUGCAGCCCUGGGUGAACAAAUGGUCGAGGCGCGGCCGCGUCGAAUGCGUGACCUUGGCUGUCCACCGAAAACGAUCGUCGGGACAAGCCCAUCGCCCGACGCUUGGGACGCCAACGUGGCUCGACUGGAAGCUUCGACUGGCCACGUUGUGCAGCCCACGACGACAGGAUCGCCGUCUCUCGGGCGAAAACGACCGGCAUGUGGGUGGAAGUGUCUACUUUGUCUAUGACGUCCAUCCGCGGUACAAAGUACAUCCCAUGGUGUGCCAACGCAGCACCGACUGCCUCAUCUCGGUCAAGUGUGGCGAUCGUGGCCAUGGCGGAAUCACGACCGUUCGGUUGAGUUUGUUCAACCACGUGGCGUUCCUGCACGACGAGCCAGCCCUUGCGAUUCAAACGUGCCCCGGGCAUCAUGACAACACGCACGCAGGCUAUUUCUCCACCGAAACGUGUGGCGCACACGACUCGACCCCAUCACUUCUCGACCAACCGAGCCCCAUUGUGUACCACCCACCGUCCACAGGCUGUGGUGUAUGGACAAUCUAG